GAGUGAAGCAGGACGGAGAGAGGAGAUUGUUCAAGAUUAUCUCUCCAGGCUCAUCCCAGCUCCGCUCAUUCAAACUUCAGAAGUCAGUCAGUAUGAGGCCGAGGGUAUGAUUGGAGUAUUAUGACGUCAUCAAGGAUGGUGAAAUCCUGCAAAACAUGGAUUAUAUUCCGAACAAGCCUUAGUAUAUCUAGAACAUUCAAGCAGGAAGCACAUACAUAGUUGAACAGUUACAAAAUAUAAUCUACAGCCCGGGGACAUGGGUCGAACUUCGAGCAAAAUAAAUAAAAAAAUCUCGGAAUUGCUCGAAAACAAUACUCUACCUAAAUGUGCUGGGUCCAGUAUUAAGCGAAUCCGGAAAGUUUUGAUGGAGGACAAAGCCAGAGAAUCACAAAACGUUUUCACAAAAGAUAAAAAUUCCGAUUUCGAUUCCGGAAGUGUUGUGACGAACAUAAGUGAUCGAUUAUGUGUUAAUGAUUCCGGUUUUUCUGACUCGGCCAUUUCUCAAUUUGAUGACUCGUUUUCAACACCGGUAAAACAUGGAAAACACAGUAUAGAUGGAAUUCUACGUCUUCGACCCCUGUAUUUCGAGGUCCCAGUAACGAAGAAGAUGAUGAGGAGAGUGGAGGUUCUGGAAAACAUCGAUGAACAGCUCCUGGAGAACCGGGGUGUGGUCCUCUCCGGAGAAUCUGGGACCGGAAAGACCUCUAUUAUUCUGGACCUGGUACAGAGAAGCUUUUUUGGAGUUCAGUCUGACUGCUCCAUAUUUUCCUCUAGUGUGGUUGGAUAUCAUUUCCUCAUCCAGGACGAUCCUACAACCUUAGACCUGGCCAGAUUUAUCCAUUCCCUGGCAGCUCAGCUCUCCCAACAUCCUGCUCUCAAAGCUUACAUGGAUCUACUCAGCACAGAUUUCCAUCUCCAAUCUAUGUUAACCAUGAGCAGUUUAAGACAAAAUCCUCAGGUUGGGUUUGAGCAAGGAGUUCUUGAUCCUUUGAGGUCUUUGUUUAGACAGGACAAGAUAAGCUUAGAAAGAGCACUGAUACUUAUUGACGGGUUGGACAACGAGAAUCAGGAUCUAAUCAAGAUAAAUUCUAUCUCAGAUUUUCUAAGUAGAAAUAUCCUCAGAUUUCCUGCUUGGCUGAAACUUGUGGUUUCUCAUCGAAGCAAUAGAGUAGACCUGACUCAUCUGAUGCACCUGCCCUAUAUUGACUUGCACAUAGAGAAAAGUCUAGGAUUGCAAAAUGAUUUACAAGUGUUCAUCGAAACCAAAAUAUUUUCGUCAGAAAGCAUCCUUUCCAAUAUAACUCAUUCCAACCCGAAGAAGGCAAACAUGCUCCUUGCUAAACUAGUUCAGUUUAUCCUUAUGCACGCUCAGGGUUCAUUUCUCUAUGCCGAGUUAAUCCUGGAGCUAAUUCAGAUUGGCAACCUCACGCUGAGGUCUGAAUCCUUAUCACAAGUACCUCGGAACCUGAACGAGGCUUUUCAUCUCAUCCUCAGUAUUAGAUUCCCAUGCUCAGUUUCCUACCGAAGUAUUGUAUCCAACAUCCUUAGCGUAGUUUUAUCCUCUCCAAAACCUAUCUCCCUUCCACAGGUUUACGCCAUCCUGGAGACAGAUAUCAGUUUCCAAACAGUAAAGGAUGAGUACAGUAAAAUAAAAGAUCUCCUGAUUACCAGAUCUGAUGGAACGUUAAUGUUCCUGAGUCGAGAGUUGAAGCUAUGGCUCUUGAAGGAACACAGGUUCAAUAUCAAACCCGGGCACAAUCUGUUCAUUAAGCACCUCUACACUCAGAAUAUCCACGGAUCCUCCUCAGUUCUUGAGUUCGUUCAUCAUCUAGCUAAAUGUGAUCUGUUUAAUCAGAAUUGUGAUUUUUUAUCCAAUUUUGACAGAAAAUAUCUGUUUCUCAAGUUCAAGGUGGACCGAGAUGAUUUAAAGAAAGCCAGGAAGAAGAUCAAAUUCUCCAGAUACAGUGGACAUGAGAGCUUAUCCUUGCUAAACUUAGUGCUUGGAUCAAGUGUAAAUAUAGACUGAAAAUAUCCUCGUAGCUGUGACUUAAGUAGAACAUUAGAUAUAAUUAGAUUUAGUCAUUAUUGGUUUGAAUCUAUUUAAUCUAUAUAGAAUUUUAACAUUUUAACUUCGGUUUUUGCCCAUUUUAAACUGAAAAAUGUUUUGGUUAUCGCAUAAUGUUAACAAAAUCAAUCAUAUACUCAUAUGGUAGGCCUAAAAUAUAUAUUGCAUAAAUGAAAAAUAUAAUAACAGCUUACUUCAACAAUAUGCUAGAUUGAGAGUUAUAUUAAAUAUGUAAACAAAUGUUAAUUGUUAAUUAAUUAUAAGAUUAAUAGUAUUUGAUAAAAUAGACGAAAUAUCUGUAAGACUGUGAUGUAUUAAUAUUAAAUAUGUAUAAUUUCUAUAGUUAAAUAAAAAUGUUUUAAGGAAA